CUCCCCCAUGCAGAGUUGGCUGGAAGAGCAAGAGCCAGAGUUGGGAACAUCAAGGAGAGGGGUUGCACCCAAAUAACCACCCAUUUUCCAUCUUUUACCAUCAUGGCGGACCCGGAGAAUACUGUAACGAGCCCAGAAGAACCUAAGGCACCCGCCAAAGAAAAGGAAGUCCUUGCCACCAAGGUAACCGGCACAGUAAAAUGGUUCAACGUGAAGUCUGGAUAUGGGUUCAUAAAUCGUCAUGAUACUAAAGAGGACGUAUUCGUCCACCAGAGCGCCAUCACUAAAAACAACCCAAGGAAGUAUGUGAGAAGUGUUGGCGAUGGCGAAGACGUCGAAUUUGAUGUUGUUGUUGGGGAGAAGGGCAAUGAAGCUGCCAACGUCACAGGCCCUGGUGGUGAAGCAGUCAAGGGUUCGCCUUAUGCUGCUGACCGCCGCCGUGGCUACCGCCGUCGGUAUUAUCGCCGUGCUGCACCAGGAGAGGAAGGAGAGGGUGAAGGAGAAGGCGUAAUGGCACCACCUAUGAGGGGCCGCGGAAGAGGGGGUUUCCGUGGCCGUGGUCCAAGAAGAUUCUAUCGUGGCCGCUUCUUUGGACGUGGUCGUGGCCGCGGUGGAAGAGGUGGCUAUGAUCAAGCAGGAUAUAUGAACUAUGGAGAGGAAGUCAUUGACGGUGAUGGAAUGUCAAUGAGGGGAAGAGGAAGAGGCCGUGGCCGCGGAAGGGGCCGUGGAGGCAGAGGUCCUCGUGGAUAUUUCCGCAGAUAUUAUGCUGGUUCACGUCCCCAACCUGAAGGCAUGAUGGGAGGACCUUCAGAAGGUUCACGCCGCAGGUUCCGCCGUGGUGGACGUGGCCGUGGACGUGGCAGAAUAGGUAGUGGACCAGAAACAAAACUUGGUACUGAGGAUGUGGAGACUAAAGUGAAAAUUGAGAUUAAAGAGGAGCAGUUUGAAGCUCAUGAAGAGCAGCAUGAAGCUCGUGAAGAGCAGCAUGAAGCUCAUGAAGAGCAGCAUGAAGCUCAUGAAGAGCCUAACGAAGCUCGUGAUGAGCAGCAUGACGCUCAGACAAAGUGUUUGGGUGAUGGACAAGGCCAGGAGGGACAGUCUGCUGGCUCUGGUCAGGCCCAGCAGGCAGUGGAGAACACAACUGCUGAAAGUUCACAUAAGCUAUCUCAUCCUCCCCUGCAAUCAAGCACCAAAGCUAACGAGGCCCACUAUUUAGGUUAUCCAGAUAAAGUAACCUGAACAGUGUUCUUAAUUUAAGGGUGGAUAGGGCUGCUGCUGCUGCUGUCAUACCCCCUCCCAGCCCAUCGGAAGCCCAGCAGGAGCUCUGUCCACCACCCGGAACUUCCAGUGACAAACAAACCACCGACAAAUGAAAGGGACAGUAAUGCAAGAGCAUAAGCUUACAAAAACCAGCUGUUGCUCCCGGUUACCAGAAAGUCGGCUCUGACCACCUUCAGAAGGAAGCUAAUGUGUCCUCUCUCCGGGUCCGGUAACAAAGAGGUCACGCAAUUUGCAAAGACGAACCCACGGUCAAGGGUUGGAGUCUAAAUGGCCCUUUCUUUGUCGCGCAACACCUGAACACACCAUGAAACAAAUGUACAUUUAGGGUGGGAAAGCACAGUUCAUACAUAACAGAUUAAAUAAAAAGAUUAAACAAAUCACAAUGGGUGGUAAAAUAAUAAAACCAUAAAAAAAAAAAAAAAAUACUGACAGCAUUUAUAUCUGAACUUUAGGAUCUAAGUCCGUGGUGCUGAGGUGUGUUUGUUGCUGGUCUGUUUCCACCAAAAAAAGUGUAAAAUCACAACUAAACCUAGUGCACAUGAUCAUUACCCUGUUAGGCCCACAUAUCCAGCUAGAAGUUGCUGCAUUCGUUCUAACCUAGACGUUGCAGUUGGUUACAUUGCCAUUCACAAGUUGAGAAUGUAAUGAUGUGGGUGCCUCUGGUUAACUUUUUAGGUUAUGAAUGGAAAUUUAGUAAAUUUUUAUUUGAAAGGGACAUGCUGAAUGUAGCAUGGUUAUAGGCAAUACUAAAGUGAAUUGAUUAUUUGAUUGGCCAGUUUUUUGAUUACCUAUUUUGACAUUUUUCUACAUAAAAUUUUUGUAGGAAAUAAUUGUGCCACAGACAUGUGCAUUGCAAUAAAAUCCAUAAAAAUGUA